AUGACCGUCAACCGCAGCGAGUACAGCGCCAAGGCCGGCGAACGUUACGAUGUCGUCAAGCCGAAAGAAUCCGACCUGCUUCGAGGAGAUGGUCACUUCGAGGGCCAAACCCAGAAUCAGAAGGACUUCCAAGCAGGACGAGGUGAUCGUUACGAUGCUGUGAAACCUGGAGCAUCAGACAUCUGGAACAAGGAAGGCGGCGUCGAGCAGAUGACCGUCAACCGCAGCGAGUACAGCGCCAAGGCCGGCGAACGCUACGAUGUCGUCAAGCCGAAAGAAUCCGACCUGCUUCGAGGAGAUGGUCACUUCGAGGGCCAGACCCAGAAUCAGAAGGACUUCCAAGCAGGACGAGGUGAUCGUUACGAUGCUGUGAAACCUGGAGCAUCAGACAUCUGGAACAAGGAAGGCGGCGUCGAGCAGAUGACCGUCAACCGCAGCGAGUACAGCGCCAAGGUCGGCGAACGCUACGAUGUCGUCAAGCCGAAGGAGUCGGACUUGUUGAGGGGAGACGGCCACUUCGAAGGCCAGACCCAGAAUCAGAAGGACUUCCAAGCAGGACGGGGCGAUCGCUAUGAUGCUGUGAAGCCUGGAGCAUCAGAUAUCUGGAACAAGGAAGGCGGCGUCGAGCAGAUGACCGUCAACCGCAGCGAGUACAGCGCCAAGGCCGGCGAACGCUACGAUGUCGUCAAGCCGAAAGAAUCCGACCUGCUUCGAGGAGAUGGUCACUUCGAGGGCCAGACCCAGAAUCAGAAGGACUUCCAAGCAGGACGAGGCGAUCGCUAUGAUGCUGUGAAGCCUGGAGCAUCAGACAUCUGGAACAAGGAAGGCGGCGUCGAGCAGAUGACCGUCAACCGCAGCGAGUACAGCGCCAAGGCCGGCGAACGCUACGAUGUCGUCAAGCCGAAAGAAUCCGACCUGCUUCGAGGAGAUGGUCACUUCGAGGGCCAGACCCAGAAUCAGAAGGACUUCCAAGCAGGACGAGGUGAUCGUUACGAUGCUGUGAAACCUGGAGCAUCUGACAUCUGGAACAAGGAAGGCGGCGUCGAGCAGAUGACCGUCAACCGCAGCGAGUACAGCGCCAAAGCUGGAGAACGUUACGCCGUUGUUAAGCCAAAGGAGUCCGAUUUGCUGAAAGGAGAUGGGAAGUUCGAGGGCAAAACACAGAACCAGACAGAUUUCCUUCCCCAGGUUGGGAAUCGUUUGGAUGCUGUCCGGCCGCAAGACUCAACGCUUUUCAAGUCAUCCGAUAAAUUCACGGUCGACUCGGUGCAUCGCUGCGAAUUCACCGGGGCUCCAGGAGAGCGGUUCGAAAAGCGGGUGCCGAGCGCAAACCUAAAGGUUGGGCUGGGUGACAUGGAGCUGACUACACAGUAUGAUUCCGACAAUAUCUGGCGAAGAAGACCGCGUCAGGCGGGAAGCCAAAGCGACAUCCCGACGCUGCCGCCGUUGACUCCGGUGAAGCCAUCGCAGACGCGUUCAACGGAAUCUCUGUUCGUCGACACAAACAUGGACUUCGGGACGAACUAUCGAGAAGCCUUCCGCGGAUGCCACUCGGAUGUGCGGUUGCAGCCCAUUCGUCGUGGCGACAAUAUCAUAUCCCCCGGCGGAGCAAUGGUCAGCAACACCGAGUACCGCCAGUCCUACGUCCCGACAAAGGCCGAUCGGGGACAGGCCUGCCAGCCGACUUCCUCCCUAAAACUGGAAGGCGGCCAAAGUAUGCAUAGCAAUUAUGAUAUGGAAUUCCGCUUCAAACAAGUCCAAUGCCUGGCGGAAGUUUUUGGGUUGUCGACCGGAAAUACUGGAACGAAGGAGCGAGCGCCGUUUCAAGAUAUUGCUAGCCAAUCGGUUGGGCUGAUCAAUUAUCUGCAGACUAUUCAGAAGAACCCGGACAAUCAACUUGUCAAAAGAUUACAAAGCCCUUUGCCGCAAGUAAACUUUGUCAACGGAUUACCCGUGAUCCCGGGAGUUGUCGGGUCGUUGCCCGGCGCCGGGGCCUGUCUGCCAAAGGGUUCGCCUUUGGUGAAACAACGCUCACCGAGCUUCUUUCAAAAUAUUGUCCGCAACAUUCCGGGCGCCCAUGAUUACUUAUCUUCAUUUUUGCCAUCCCCGAAAGUCGACAUUGACGCUCUCUAUGGCAACUAUCAUUGGGCCAUAUAUACCCCUUCCGUACAUGAUCGUUUCUGCCCUUUGACUGAAUUCGCUCCAUCGGCCAAAAAAGGGAACGCGACCGCAUUCAGUGUAGCGGAAAAGUUUCGCACUAAAAAUGAGAAUGGUGGCGAAAAGGUAGCGCUUGGCUACGGGCUUAUGAACAACGGCAACACCUAUGUUUACUUCCAGGACGAUCCUUGCCCAUGUGGGAUAAUUCGGCUUUUACACCAAUCUGGACAGUAUGAAUACGUGGUGCUGUCGAACUGGGCCCGGUUUCCAGUGAUCGCUAUGGCGCGCGACAUUCGAAGCUUUUACAAGGCGCACAAGGAUAAGCUGGAGGAUGCGCUGACGAAGGAGGGAUUCUCGACUGAAUAUGCUGGCUUGACGACCGGGCACCUCUCUUACGUCGACUGGUCAAAGUGCCGGCCCGCCACUCCAGUGUCGUACCUUCGCAACGUUUUGACCGAACUUUUCGGC